UUGAUAAACCCGUGAGAGACGACGUUUAUAGACGGCUGAGUUUUAGAACUCUUUACGCACUUUUUAAUUUAAACAUAUUUUAGGCUUUUGGGUAAUUUUCGUUGGGCUUAGAGGCCCAUAUAAAUAAUCAUAAAUUGUGUGUGUGUUUUUGUCGGCAUGUGUAUUUAAAGUUAGUUAUAAUUCUCCUGAGCCUGGUACAGUCUCCGAUGGGCAAUGAACACACAGAGAAUAAUUAGUUAAAAUAAAAUAAAAAAGGAAAAAUAGGGUCAGUCCCGCCCAAAGCUUCCCUCUCCGUUUUCAUCGCAGACUCUCACCGUUGGAUUUUAUAUUCGCUCUCUCUUCUUCACUCCACUGAGGCGUUUCUAGGGUUUUUUUUUUUUUUGUUCUAUCGUUUCGUCUCCAUAUUGAUUUCGAUUUCAAAGAAGCGGUACACCGGAAUGGAGAAAACUCCGACGCAGAUUGUUUCCGAACUGGGUUCUCGUUUGCUUCAAUUAUCUCGUCCCAACAAGGAUUCUCUGGUCAAGUUACUACGGGAAGUUGCUAAUACGCUGUCACAAAUCGACCAGCCUUCAGCCACAAACAAGGAAAAAGGUCUGAAACUGUUAGAAGCUGAGUUAAGACCUCUGAAGAAAUCCAUUAUCAAGCAUGGUCUUCUUAAAAAUCGUGAUAACGACGUGAGUCUCUUGGUCACUGUUUGUGUCUCCGAGCUUUUCCGGAUUUUAGCACCUAAUCGACCUUUUGAAGACGAAUAUCUCAGGGAUAUCUUCACUCUCUUUCUUGCUCAGCCCUCUGA